UCAAUGUUCUGAGAGCAGAUAUAAUGAAUGUGCGGGGUCUGGGGAGAGCGGAUAUAGUGAAUGCAGGGUCCGGGGAGAGCAGAUAUAGUGAAUGCAGUGUCCGGGGAGAGCGGAUAUAGUAAAUGCAGGGUCUGGGGAGAGCGAAUAUAGUAAAUGCAGGGUCCGGUGAGAGUGGAUAUAGUGAAUGCAGGGGUCCGAGGAGACCAGAUAUAGUGAAUGCAGGGUCCUGGGAGACCGGAUAUAGUAAAUGCAGGGUCUGGGGAGAGCGGAUAUAGUGAAUGCAGGGUCCGAGCAGAUAUAGUGAAUGCAGGGUCCGGGGAGA